AUGAAAACUUUUUUGUUUAUAUUUUUGGCGGGGUACGCUGUGAGGUGCGAUGAUUUGAACUACUACGUGGUCCAGAUGCCAGAAAAUGACGUACCAACCAAGGAGUUCAACAUAUACUGGAACGCACCCACAAUGCAGUGCAAAUCCAAAGGCAUUCUUUUCGACGACCUGUACGAAAAGUACGGAAUUAUUCAGAACACAGGCGAUACAUUCAGAGGGGACAGAAUCUCCAUACUUUAUGAUCCUGGAGACUUCCCUGCGUUACUAAGAAAUAGUACUAGUGGCGAAAUUAAAUAUAGAAACGGUGGAGUACCUCAGGAAGGGGACUUGAUAGAACAUCUGGAUACGUAUCAACAAGUUCUGGAGCAAAGUGUGCCUGAUAAGGAUUUUAACGGUGUUGGAAUUAUAGACUUUGAGUCAUGGCGGCCGGUGUUCCGGCAAAACUUCGGGGACCUGACUCCGUACAAGGACAUGUCCUAUGAGAUAGAGAAACAGAGACAUUGGUGGUGGAAGAAGGAGUGGAUACAGGAAGAGGCUAAGCGUCGUUUCGAGGCAGCUGGUCGAGAGUUCAUGCAGGCAACGCUGGCGCUGUCGAAGAAGAUGCGGCCCCGCGCUAUAUGGGGGUACUACGGGUUCCCGUAUUGUUUCAAUAUGGCGUCCAACAAUAUGAAGGAGACCUGUGCUGAUAAAGUGCCUCAGGAGAAUGAUAGGAUAAGUUGGCUCUGGCAGGAGAGCACAGCGCUGUACCCCUCAGUGUACAGUUCAGCGAGCCUGAGCACGCGACAGCUGGCUGCUCUCAUCCGUGGCAGAGUGAAGGAAGCUGCCAGGAUGGUCCGGGGAGGAGCGCCCAUACUGCCUUACUUCUGGUACCGGUAUAGAGACAGUGGGUUCUUGAAUAAGACCGACUUGUAUGUAGCCUUGAACACGUUUUAUAAAUCAAACGCAUCAGGUUUCAUCAUAUGGGGCAGUUCCAAUGACGUGAACACAGUAGACAAAUGUAAUCAACUUAGAGCAUACGUAACUAAUAUAUUAGGACCUGCAAUAGCUAAAUAUACUAAACAAAACAUGAGACAAGGAGACGAUCCAGAAGUAAUACUAGGAGCUAAUUCUAAUCCAAAUAAUUCUACUACAUUUGAUCCAGAAUUCAACUGGAUCCCACCAGAAAAUUAUACACAAACUAUAGAAGAAAUUGUAGAUAAAGAACUUAAAGAGGAGAAGGAGUUAGGACAUAAGAAUGUUACAGAAAGUAUUCUAGUUGAUAUGAUAUUGAAUAAUAUAGCUGAUAGCUGUGGCGAUGGCUGUGAUAGUGCAAGUAAAGAUAUACCGACUGAUGUAAAAGAAGAAGAUACUGAUGUAAUAGAGAUGAAAGAAGGUGGAGAUAGUGCAACAAAUGAGUCUCAAGUUGUAGUAGUUACUGAGGAUCCUUUUAAGAAGAAUUCCAGUUUGAUUACAGGGACUGCCUCAACCACAACAGAAGAGUACACUUACGACUACGAUGUUAGUGGUCCAGAAGAUAUAAAUAUUGAAGAUGUAGUUGAAAAUAUUGAAUAUAGUGAUAUUAGUACAACUAGCAAAGAUAUAGAAACUAUUAGUACAACGGCUAAAAGUAUUGAAGUAUAUAUUACAACUAGUGCUAACUCGGAGGCAAGUACUUAUAGUGUAAGUAGAGAAGAUACGACAGAAAGAAAGGAAGAAACUAGUACACAAAAUGCAAGUACUGCUGACACAGAAGACUUCGCUUUGAGAAGUGAACAAAAUAAUGUCAUAGAAUUAAAUAUAGAAGAAAACAGUAUAGAAAGUAGUACUGUUUAUCCAACUAAUGCAAGUACCACAGAAUUUAGUAUUACUACUUAUAGUACAACUAGUCCUAAUGAAGAAGAGGCUACAAUCGAAAAUGAACUUAAUGUGACUAAGAAUAAGACAGAUGAUACUGUGAGUGAUAGCAGCACAACAUUGGCACCAGUGUCGACAGAACAGGUUGUUGUUUCAGUUGUUUAA